AUGCAGAAGGUGCCCGACGUUGUCCAGGACGGGAACGCGGGCUCCGGCCUGCUAGCAAUGAGCGAGUUGUGCUGGGUGGUGAGGAGGAUGGAUCUCCUGACCGGCGCCCUUCGUCGUAGUGCGACCAGCAUGGACAAGGUCAACGUGUCGGGGUUGAAGGGGCUGCGGAAUGCGAUGAUAACAUUCAUCAAGGAGCACGUCGCUCUGAAACGGUCGGGCCAUGUCGGAAUUGCUGCCGACGCCUGUGACGACGACGGCGAGGAGCCCCUGUCGGCAUCAAAAGCAGUAGGUGUCGCCCACCCCGUCGAUGAUGCGCGUGGGACUUCGAUCGGAGAGCCCGUCGGCGGCGUCGACAAGGCAGAUGAGGAGGCAGGAAGGGCGGUGACUGAGACCGCGGAGAAGCACCAGGAUGAUAACGAGGAUCAGGAAGAGGAGGAUUAUAACGAGGAUCAGGAAGAGGGGGACCAUGAGGAUCGUGCGGAGGAGGAGGAGGAGGAGGAGGAGGAGGAGGAGGAGGAGGAGGAGGAGGAGGAGGAGGUGGAGGAGGAGGAAGAGGAGGAGGAGAAGGAGAAGGAGGAGGAGGAGGAGGAGGAGGAGGAGGAGGAGGAAGAGGAGGAGGAGGAGGAGGACGAGGAGGAGGAGGAGGAGGAGGGGGAGAAGGAGGAGGAGGAGGAGGAGGAGGAGGAGGAGGAGAAGGAGGGCUCGGCGGAGGAGGAGGAGGAGGAGGAGGAGGAGGAGGAGGAGGAGGAGGAGGUGGAGGAGGCGGCGAAGCAGAACGAGGGGGAUCAGGAGGAAGAGGUCGAGUGGGAGGUCAUGGAGUGGGAGGUCAUGGAGGGAGCGGCGGAAACGGGUGGGAGGUCGGCGGAUGUUGUGAACGAGGGAGGGGAGGCUGCCGACGAGGAGAAAGUCGGCGUGGAGGCGGCUCACGGGGGGAGUGGGAGGUCAGCGGAUGUUGUGAACGAGGGAGGGGAGGCUGCCGACGAGGAGAAAGUCGGCGUGGAGGCUGCUCACGGGGGGGGUGAGAAGGUCGUGGUCGGCGAUGUGGAUCCCCACGCGAAGGAAGUUGUCGACCUCGAGGUCGGUGGAGAAGGGGAGACCGACGCGGCCACGAAGCAGACGGGCGUGGAAGGGCCUACUGAGGCCACCGCGGGCAAGGUCGGGGGGAAGCGGUCUAGGAAGAAGAAGGCGGCGCGCGGUCAUCCCGGUUCCUCCGCAUCUGGUCGGCAGGCACCGCUGGACGUCGUCGAGCAGCUGCGACAGGAGAACAGGCGGUUGACGGCUGAAAAUGCCCGUCUGGAGAAGGCGCUCGGAGAGGAGAGGGGUCGGGUGGACAGGUUUGCGUUGGGGGCACGUGGACUGAUGGACAAGCUCAAGUCGUUGGCCGACCAGGUCGCCGACUCCGACCAGAAGGCGGCGAGUCGGCUGCUAGACGCGUCAUUGUCCAUGUCGACAACCGUCAUGGAAAACAUCACCACCAGUAUGGGCGAAGCUUGGGCGGCGAUGAGGAGCUUCGCCGUAAAGGCGGAUAAGUGGUUGGACGAAAUCGACCAACCGGAGGGAUUUCUGGCAGUUGAACGUGCGAAAGCGGUCACCUCCUUGGCCAACCACGUGGAAGCGGUGGUGGACGGUGCGAAGCUGGGUUUGGAGGACUACAUCUCGAAGCACCUAGCCGCCGCGCAGACCAACAUUGCCGCCGCGGUAACUCGCAACAUCGCCGUGCCGCUGCCGCCCCCGCCGCAGCCCACGCCAGCCUUCCCGGACGAGCAAAUGAAGUCGUUCAAGGCGGAAAUGUUGAAGGCGGUGACGGAGGCCACACAGCAGUCGUUUGUUGCGUCCGGGUUAAAGCUCAUGACCGAGGUGAUCGGCAAUGUGGCGCCUGGUCGGCGUGGGUCGUCGCCGUCGGCCAAUGACGCCGAUCCCGUGGCGCGAAGGGAGGCCGACAAGCAGGGCCAGAAAAGGGCGAGCGGCGAAGAGGACGAGGGGAGCGUGAAGCGUAGCAAGGGAGCUGAUGGGAGCCGCGGUGUCGGCAAGGUGGGGCCAGGCGGCUCGCGGACCGGAGGUCCGAGCGUGGUCGACCAGCUCAAGAAGAACGGGGCCAAGGUGAUAAGCAGCGCGCCUGUCGGCCCGUCCGCCGCCAACAACGAUGGGCCGGCCCUUGCGGCUACUCCAGCUCCAGCAGGCCCGUCUGCCGCCAAGGGCGAUGCGAAGGUUGCCUCUAAGGAGCCCGCAGCGGCGAACGCGCUCAGGGAAAUGCUCCACCGCAUGGAGGCCCAUCGCCGGGACGUGCAGCAGCCUCCCUUGGUCGACGCCGCCCCCGCCGAAACUGCACGUCCUUUGGUCACUCCGCAUGUCGCCGCCACAGCGUCCAGAGCCCCACCUACCGCGCCUCUGCUCGCCGCCCGUCCUCCAGCGGACCCAAAGUCCGCAUUGCUUCGCGCCCGGUUAGGCGCACGUAGUACGGCAGCGCAAACACGGACUCAGCCGGAAGCCGGCUCAAGCGCGACGCCGACGUCGGUAAACGUGGCUGCACCCACACCCGGUGCAGAUGUUGUCGAUGCCGCGGUGGAGAAGGGCGUGAGGGCAGCGCUAGCCACCGCCGGCGGAGCCGUUGACCCUGCACUGUCGUCGAAAGGCCACGACGACGCCGAAAUCGCUGCCAUACAGGACCUGUUGGAAGCGCCCUCAGCAAGUCCCCCCGGUGGGUCAGCGGAGCCAAAGUCGAAACGGAAGGGGAAGGCUGACACGGGGAAAGGGAGGGCGAGCUCUCAGAGGGAAACACGGGCGACGUCGGCGACGAAGGAGAUGUCGGCGGAGAAAGGGAAGGAGAAGGCGGAGGAGAAGUCGGCGGAGAAAGGGAAGGAGAGGGCGGCGGAGGAGAAGUCGGUCGGCGAGGGUACGCCGGCAAAGAAAGGGAAAGCAAAGGCGGCGGUGAAGAAAACGGAGAAGGAGAAGGAGGAGGAGAAGGAGGAGAAGGAGAAGGAGGAGAAGGAGAAAGGAAGGAAGGGUCAUGGCAUCCGCCACGACACCUCGGGCGACGGGCUAGGGUUCGAUGAUAUUCUCGGCAAGUAUCAAGCGUACAAGAGCUCAGGCGAUGCGCACCACGACGCGCUCUUGCCGGCGAUCUGGUUCCUCGUUGAUGCCGACACUAAGGAAGGCCAGGAGAAUUCGGAUGCUAUGAUGUCGGCCAUGAUAGGUCGCGUGUCCAUGUGCGCUGCGUAUGGGAAGGUCGCUGCGAUUGCAGCGAGGAAGGAGGGAGACACGGAUGAGAGGACGGAGAUGACGGCACAAGCGUGGUCGGCCUCCGCUUGCGCCGUGUCGUGCUUAGUCGAGAACGACGACGCCCAGGUGGUCGAUGUUGUGGGCGAAGGGAAGGCGGCGGCGAUGGUGGCCGGUGCGAGCGAGACGACCGCCGGUGUCUUCAAGAAGGUCAUGCAGGCGGUGCUGGAGGUCGAGAUCGACAGGGAGUCACCCCUUGGGGAGGUUGCGCACAACAUCGCGCCGGCGCUGCAGAGUCUUGCUCUGGGAAGGGUCUAUCCGGGGGUGGAUGUUGAAGUUGAAGUCGACGUGAUCGCUAGAGCGACGGUGGAGCCCAUGGCGUUCUGGGGAAUGUGCCCCGUCGCCGGACCGAAACUAGAAGAGAUCGGCAUCGCGGUGCCGUGUGACGCGCAGAUGGAGAACGAUUUCAAAGAGAGGGGGAGGAAGGGGCAGAGGGGCAAGCAGGGCAAGAACAGCACGGGGAAGAAGAAGGGGAAGAAGGGCAAGGACAGCACGACGGCGUAG